GUAAAAGAGGGGUUCUUCAGCCGCAGCAGCCAGAAAGGAGGCUCCUGACGCACACACACACACACACACACACACUCCCACUCUUGCACACACGCACACACACACACACACACCCGCCUGGAAGAUAUCAGACAGCUGAAAUAGCGGCAGAAGGGAGAUUUUGGCCACUUCUGUGCGCUCUGUAACCUGGGUGCUAGGAGAAACUAAAACAUGGCCCCUGGAGAGAUGAAAUAGGAUUAUUUCAUUCAUUUAAAGACAUAACUGGAAACUUUUUAAACAAUAUAACACAUGCUGUCAAUAUUUAUUUUAGACGUUUUUAUUUAGUAACUUUUCAAUAACUUAAACUGACUGAAUCUCAUCAAAGUUAACGGAGAACAUUUUUUUUACCAUUUCAUUCGUAUUUAUCCCGUUUUCAUCCCGAAGGCUGAAUGAUGCCAGGGUUUACUAACAUGCUCGCAUUCGGACACCGGAGACACAUGGUCCUUCUCUGCGGACUGGACGCAGUUUGAGUGCUCCUGAUUAUUCUCACCACACCUUAAGGAUCUUUUUCCCCCAACUUUUUUAUUUUAUUUUAUUUCAUUUCAUUUCAUUCAUGAGGACUUUACUGAGCGGAUUCAUGAGAGUCAGUGCCUCUCAAACUUUGUUGCUGCUUGUUUCACUUGUGGAUCGGAGCUGACCGGAUCUCUGCUGGAAGACGAAGAGGACAGCAUCUGCUUCAAGAUGAAGUGCCACAAGGUCCUGACCUGUCUGAGGAUAUUUGGGACCACCAUGUUUGGCGUGUCUCUUCUAGUAGGCAUCUCCACUGCCUACAUCAUGGGCUACCAAUUCUUCACAACAGCCCACAAUCACCUAUCCUUUGGCUUGUAUGGUGCUAUCUUGGUCAUCCACCUCAUCAUCCAGAGUCUCUUUGCACUUCUGGAACACCGAAACAUGCGGCGCUCCGUAGAGACUCCCAUUAAACUCAACAAAUCCUUGGCAUUGUGCAUUGCAGCCUAUCAAGAGGACCCGAACUACCUGAGGAAAUGCCUGGUGUCUGUUAAAAGGCUGACAUAUCCAGGGAUAAAAGUGAUCAUGGUAAUCGAUGGGAACACAGACGAUGACAUGUACAUGAUGGAAAUUUUUAAAGAAGUCAUGGGAUGGGACAAAUCAGCCACCUAUGUUUGGCGAAGUAACUAUCACAACAAAGGCCCUGGAGAAACUCACGAGAGCUAUGCUGAGAGCCUUCAGCAGGUGUCCAGGCUUGUGCUGAACAACAAGUGUGUAUGCAUCAUGCAGAAGUGGGGAGGGAAGAGAGAGGUCAUGUAUACAGCCUUCAAAGCACUGGGGAGGAGUGUGGACUACGUUCAGGUGUGUGAUUCCGACACCAUGCUGGACCCAGCAUCGUCAGUGGAAAUGGUGAAGGUUUUGGAGGAGGACCCAAUGGUGGGAGGUGUUGGAGGAGAUGUACAGAUCCUGAACAAAUACGAGUCAUGGAUCUCCUUCUUGAGCAGUGUUCGCUACUGGAUGGCAUUCAACAUUGAGCGGGCUUGCCAGUCCUACUUCGGCUGUGUUCAGUGCAUCAGCGGGCCUUUAGGAAUGUACCGGAAUGCCCUCCUACAUGAGUUUCUUGAAGACUGGUACCAUCAGACCUUUAUGGGAUCCCACUGUAGUUUUGGGGAUGACCGUCAUCUUACGAACAGAGUUCUCAGUCUGGGGUAUUCAACAAAAUACACUGCACGGUCCAAGUGCCUUACAGAGACACCCAUUACAUAUCUGAGGUGGCUCAAUCAACAGACUCGAUGGAGUAAAUCGUAUUUUAGAGAAUGGCUUUACAACUCGAUGUGGUUCCACAAGCAUCAUCUAUGGAUGACUUAUGAGGCUGUGAUCACUGGCUUCUUCCCGUUUUUUCUCAUUGCAACAGCAAUUCAACUCUUCUACCAAGGAAGACUGUGGAAUAUUUUGUUGUUUUUACUCAUUGUGCAAGCAGUAGCCCUGAUUAAAUCAUCAUUCGCCAGCUGCCUAAGAGGCAACAUUGUCAUGGUGUUCAUGUCGUUCUAUUCAGUACUGUAUAUGUCAAGCCUGUUGCCAGCCAAAAUGUUUGCAAUUGCCACUAUCAACAAAUCUGGCUGGGGAACCUCGGGGAGGAAAACGGUGGUGGUGAACUUUAUUGGUCUGAUUCCAAUAACAAUCUGGUUCACCAUCCUCUUCAUUGGGAUCAUAUACACAAUAAUCCAACAGACUAAAAAACCUUUUCCUGAAUAUGAACAAGUUGUUCUGAUCAUUGGAGCCAUUGUUUAUGCCAGUUAUUGGGUCAUAUUACUGACAUUAUAUAUUGUCCUUAUAAACAAAUGUGGGAAAAGGAAAAAGGAGGCACAUUAUGACAUGGUUCUGGAUGUAUGACCUGAGGAGACCAUGCACCGGUUACCACUGAACCAUGUUUUGUUUUGUGUUUUUAAUGUUGCUGUUUACAAAGAUUUUCAUAUACAGAAAAGCUCUGGUGGUGAAAUUGGUUGAGUUUAACCACAAUGGGCAAAGACAUGCAAGUGACUGGGCCCAUGUAGGUAGGUGUUGGCCUUCCUAUAUUACCUAGGUCCAUGAUAUCUUACAUGUUAGGUUGGAAAUCUGCUAGGGUAGGCUAACUAGCAAGAUUGCAUGCAUCAUUGCAGUAGGCACUAACAGUGCUAGGCUUUGUGAUAGUAGCUACCUCUUAACCUCGUCAUAUCCACUGUGCUUCCGACUCACAUUUGAACUCAAAUAAACUGCAGAUUUUCAACCUCCUCCAUUGAGGUUUAACUUGACCACUACAAAUUUUUACCCGCAGAGCGUCAUUGAUGUACAACCUUCAUAAAGGACAUUUCUCCUUUAGAAGUGAGUCACAACUGCAAGUUUGUUUCUACUGUCAGGCAUUUGAAUCUUGAGUCUUGAGUAAAGAAGCAACAGCCUUAUACAACUGGUGAAACGUUUCACAUUGGACACUUUAACUGAAUAAAACAAUUGCUAGGUUGAACAAAAACACUCUGCCUCUCCUCAGUGCAACUCAUAAAGUUGUGUUGAGGAUAACAUAUCAGUGUGCCUAUUCAGUGUUUUCAUCUGUCUUGGCAAUAGAACCAGUUUACAAAGCACAAAGAGCUUUAAAAUGGAGAGCUGCUUUCUGUCUUGUGUAGCACUCAUGUCAUAUGGGAUGUAUCCAAAGAGCCAUCCAUUACCUGCACCUGUUAGAAAGGGUCAGGGAUUGUCUAGGGUGUAUUCCAUACCUAGAGGGAGUUGUCAGUAAGAAGGUAUGAAUGCAGGACCAUCUUACUAUAAAGAGGAAAAUGUAUGGGUCCUUCUGUGGGUCUGACAUUGACUUGCAAGGCCUACUUUUCUACUUUUGCCAAGAAAACGAAGCACUUGUCAUAUUCGUCACAUUGAGUUGUACUCUGGAGAGCAACUUUUAAGGAAUUUAUAAUAGUUUGUGCCAAACCUCCCUAUGUGAUCCACAGAUAUUUGCUGAAGUUGUAUUUUUGCAAACCUGGAUGGCCUUUAAAAAGUUAAUUCAGUCUACAUUAUUAUUGAAUGUAAUGUAUUGAACACCGACAAAUACGGAAUGUUUGUAUUUAUCCCCAUAUGACAUGAAUGCUGAAUUUCUCAUUGUUUACAAGGUGAAGAAUCUCUAAGUCUUUGGUAGACAUCAUUGCCACCUGAUCAGGUGACCACAUGAACAUGUGACCACAAAUGAGAGACUUUGUAUUGCUGCUGUGACUUAUUGUUUUAGUGCAAAAACAGAGACUUUUAUUUCUGUUUUUCUGGAAUAUGACAUUAUGUUGCAUACAUGUUAUUUUUACCAAUCAUUUUUUUAAUGUUUUUAUAUGUUACCAGCAAGUGAACAAAGUAAAUGUGACCCAGUCCAAAGACUUCAUGAUUUUGUCUCUCCACAUGCUUUUGAUCCCUUUCAUACUUUACAAUACUGUACUAGGAAUAUGUGGGUACAUCUUUGUGGCAUGCUGGAUUGUGUUUAAUGACCUUCCAAGGAAUGAAGAAUAGCAAUUUGCCUCCGCUACAUAUAAGAGGAAGCCUGUCUGAGUGGGAAGAGUGCUUCCUAAUCAUAGGAAUCUGAAUAAGGACAACUUACAAGCAAACACCUGUUUGGGAUGAAAUAGGUCCAUUGUUUGCCAUGGAUCAGAAGCAGAUACAUAUUUAAAUAAUAUGCACUUUUAUGUCUCUUCUGUCCUCCAGCAUGAUGCUUGACAUUACCCAAAAAAAUAAAUACCUCUGUUUUUGCAUCAAGGUGUCACAAUGCUGUCCAAAGACUGAUGCAUCAUGAUGGUCUGGAGAAAUUUAUCGUCCUAUUUGUCAUGUUGAAUAUCAAACUGUACAUUUUGAUUAGAAAUAAGAAAUUUUAUGACUUGUUUACUUUUUACUGUAGCAGUUAAACUAUGUUUUUGACUUUUGUAUUCUUUGUGGUAUUUUAAAUAGACAUUUUCCCUAUUUUUACAUAUCUACCAAAGUGUUUUUACAGUCAUAAUUGUUAAAAAAAUGUAUUUGUUCUUUACACUGUUCCAACAGUUACUUUUAUAUCUGACCAAAAAUGUGAAAUUAUGACCUUGGGGGGAAUUGUCUGCAAUAACAAUGGUAAAAUGCAAUUUGUUGGAAUAAGUUAUUGUUUUUUUUUAAUAUUUUUUAACAGUUUAUGAAUGGAAAAGCAUGAUAUUUAUUUAUUCUGUGAUUUGUAGGAUUCCGUUACACAAGAUGGGUAUUUCUAGUGAAUAUCUUAGGCCCUUAAAAUUACAUGUCAACCCUUCAAAAACAAAUAAUGCGUUCAGUGUUGUAAUCUCAACAUUUUUCAUCAUUAAAGAUCUAUGAAAUCUUG